AUGACUAUUUUAAAGUUAUUUAUUGCCUCACUUUUAGUAAGCUAAAUAUUCGCUACACAAGGUGCUGAUGUUGCUUGCACUAGUUCGUCAUGCGCAAAUUCUGGAGUUUGCCCAGCUGUUCCAACUGCUCCUACUGGUUUGAACUGGGUAAAUGGUAGUAGUGGAAAUUGUGCCAUUAAUUCAUGUCCUGCAAGUACUUCAUCAGGUCUUACUGGUGCUUCUGAUCUCUUCUGUAAAUCUUGUCCUGGAACUGCUAAUGGCUCAGUUCAAGCCGUCUUUGCUAAUACUGCAUUAACUGGUUGUGUUGCUGCAAGUGCAACUUGUGGUAGUACUAGAACUGCUAAUUAAUGGACUAAUGCCGAUUGCCUUGCCUGUAAUGGAACUAGCGCCUAAUAUGCUAAGUCUGAUAAAUCUGGUUGCCAAGCAACAGCUUUUUCGUCAAUUAUAAUUUUGAGCUCAGUUUUAUUUUUAAUUUCAUUCCUUUUCUGA